GCAUGAAUAAACGCCAUGGGAGCUUAGCUUAGUUGAACAAACGAUGUUGGCCACAUACCUUAUACUAUUCGUACUUAUCUCCCUUGUUUUGGGCGAAAUACUUGUAUACUUUGGGAUUUGCUUCCAGACCCAAUUUCAAGAACCAUUUCUUCUAGCUUUGUCUCGCGGAAACAACAGUUUGAUCGUAUGGAUACGGAUAUUGAUGUUCGCCAUUUUCGUGUAUUGGGUAUACACCAGUAUUUCCAUUUUAUGUAGCUGGAGGAUUUUUCACGGACCCAUCGAUUGGAGUGAUGGGGUUGCUCUCAAUUUACUAAUUCUACAAUCUUCUCUCAUGGGAUUUUCACUAUUUGCAUGGAUGGUGUUGGACAAAUUGCACCCUGUAAUAAUGGAGAACAUCUCUAUUAGGAAGAUUAUCAAGGCUGAAAGAAAAAUACUUCAGGAAAGGAAAUUGCAUAUGGAGGGUCAUUGUAGAGUUUUACAGGGGAAGGUUGCAGAUUUGACAGCUAAAAUGAAGAAACUGAAAAUGGAUUAUCAGAUGAAAGCUAAUAAGGCUCGAGCUGAAGGAGCUAUCGUGUUAGAAUUAAAGAACAACUUUGAAGAAUUCCGUCUCAAAUAUGAUCGUUUAUUUGAUUACAAUCAGACACUUCGGAACCAGUUGCAGUCAAUAAGCCACGAGGUCCAGAAAAUUGACGAGUCAAAUGAAUGGUCUAAUUUGAAAACCAAGCUUGGGUUCCCAACAGUUGAAAAUAAUGGAAAAUGUGUAGAUUUUGAGAAUGUAUCGGAAACAGCAACAAAAUAUGGUGAGUACCCUUUCUCUGCCACUCCUUCAUCAUCCUCGCCCAGACACCGAAGACCAAUUUAUCAGUGUUGAGGACAACUAACACUUGCUUCCACUGGAAGAUGCGUUUUUCUUGUAAGUAUAACUAAUGUAAAUUAUCAAAGAGAACUGAUGACUGAAAGUUGGAUGUGCAGAGACUUGAGCUUUAAUUUCCU